CCAAAUGUGGAGGAACUGCUCCCCAUCUUCCCUUGCCCUGGCUUAGUUUAGCAUGGAUCCCUUUCCUGGCCCAACACCCACAAAUCCCUUCCAUGGGCAGGGGCUAUGCUGCACAUCAUAAAAUAUCCCAGCUGGAAGCAAUCCCAGAGACCAUCUGGAUUAAUCUCCAUUCUACCAGUGGGGAAGCUGAGGUUUCUUGAGGUUGUGAGGCUUGCCCAAGACCCACAGUGCUGCCUCCACAACACAACACCUGUUUCCAAUCAGUCACUAAGUCUCCGGUUCUGCCUCUGAAUUAUCUCUGGAUUCCAUGCCCCUGUGCCUUCUCACCUGACCCCCACAUCAGCUCACGACUCCCUGCUAAAAUCUCCUAUGGCUCCCUGGCACCCACAGGAUCAAAAACAAUCAGCUUAGCCUAUAAGACUCUCGGACCCACCCUGGCCUCACUUGCCUAUCCAGUCACUUAUCUGAGGGAAGUCGUGACUGAUGAUCACACCCUGCUAUCCCACAUGAGCUAAACACUGUCAUCUCUGAGUCUUUGCCCAAGUCCCUUCUAUGGAAUGCCUUCUUCCCUGCCCUUAUCUGAUGGAUAUCCACAUUUCAUGCAAGGCCUUUUCAGAGUCCUUUCUCUUGCUGAGCUAUUGUUAUGCUUGGUCACAACCCCACCUGGACUUGAGCUCACUGAAAACUGCAUGUCCUAUGCACACUGUUGUUUGAGCACCCUAUGCAGGGACUGACUGGCACAGAGCAGGUGCUCAAUAGACAGUGCCCUGAAUAAGAGAGACUCUGGUCUAGAGAUGACACAUGUCCUUCACCCAAUGGUGCUCACUCCCUGCUGAUGGUGACUGUUCACCCCCAUCCCUCCCCUCCAGCAGCCUGACCAGGAUUGGAAGAUGGGGAACCAGGCUUGGCUGAUUUCCUCCCCCUUCCCAGCAGGUCAUAGUCGAUGGUCUCCAAGUUCCAGGCUAUUCGGACCACUGCGGACAGCACAUUUCCUGGCUACCCCACUCUGAGCUCCAGACACCAUGAAUCCUCCCUCUACAAAGGCCUCCUGGGCCGCCCUGACGCUGCUGCUGCUGCUCUUGAUACCGCCGGCGCUGCUCUUGCCCGGGGCGGCCGCGCAGCCCCUGCCUGACUGCUGCCGCCAGAAGACCUGCUCCUGCCGCCUCUACGAGCUGCUGCACGGCGCGGGCAAUCACGCAGCUGGCAUCCUCACGCUCGGCAAGCGGCGACCGGGACCUCCAGGCCUCCAGGGCCGGCUGCAGCGCCUCCUGCAGGCCAGCGGCAACCACGCAGCCGGCAUCCUGACCAUGGGCCGCCGCGCAGGCGCAGAGCCAGUGCCGCGCCCCUGCCCCGGGCACAGCUGUCCCUCCGCCGCCGCCUCGUCUGUCGCGCCUGGGGGUCGGUCCGGAGUCUGAGCCCUGAACCCUGUCCUGGCCCUGCUCUCUCCCCUCUGCCUGCCUCGUGUCAAUCCCCCAGAAAAAGGACAAUAAAGAC